AUGGCCACCCCAGGAGCUCAGUAUAUGAUGCAAGCCGGCCUAGCAGCCGGCAUAUCAGGCACACAGGGCAUGCACUCCCCACACGCCAAACCAGUGGACCCUCAUCUCAGCGACCCGGUCAGCAUGCUUCCACCCGACCUAACACCCGACUCGAAAAGCCGAAUCGCACUGCGUGGUGUGAGUGGGAAGGACGUACUUGUUCCCUACCUGAGUAUCGGCGCAUGGUCAUGGGGCGACAAAGCAACCUUUGACUACAACCCGACACGAGACCUACCGCGCAUCCACGCAGCGUGGGCCAAACUCAAGUCUGUUGGGUUGACCUUCGUGGACACAGCGCAGUCCUACGGCGACGGCGAGAGCGAGCGGAUCUGCGGAACCCUGUUCAGGGACAUGCCUCGCGACUCUUUCGUGGUACAAACCAAGUGGCUAUCAACACCAGACAUGACCAACACAGUCAUGCAGGCUGGCGGGCCGAAGUCCAAGCUUAAAGAUUCGCUCGUACGUCUUCAACUAGACUACGUGGACAUCUACCUCGUUCACGGGCCUAUCCAUCCUAGCAAUAUAUCCACUGUCGCCAAGGGCAUGGCCGAGUGUGUGGAAUCCGGGAUGGCGCGCGCGGUUGGAGUGGCUAACUAUGACACAAAGGAGAUGGUUAAGAUGGCCGAUGAGCUGGCCAAGCACAAAGUCCCGCUCUCUGUCUGUCAGUGCGAGUACUCGGUCGUCCGCCGCUUGCCUGAAGUCAGUGGCAUGAUUCGAGAGUGCAAAAAGCGGAGUAUCUGCUUCCAGGGGUUUGCCUCGCUGGCUGAAGGCCGUCUUUCUGGUAAAUAUUCGCGCCUCAAUUGGCCCCAGCAGAGCCGACGUUUCAGUAGUUAUCCCAUGCAUUUGCUGGAGCCUACUAUCAAUGUCUUGAAGAGUAUUGCCGAGGAGCGGCGUGUGCCUGUUCCUGCUGUUGCGCUGAAUUAUUCUAUCAAUAAGGGCGUUCUGCCACUGGUUGGUGUGCGCGAUGCUGGUCAAGCGGAGCAGAAUAUGCAGGCUCUUGGAUGGCGGCUGACGGAAGAUGAGAUGAAGCAGAUUGAAGGAGUCAGUCUACAGGGUGGUAGGUCUGCCUUUAUGCAACAUGGGUAG